UGUCAACAACCAACGGCUCUGAAUCCCGAUUCUCCUUUGCCGUUGCAAAAGGAGAAGACCUGGGGUCCAAGUAUCCGCCCGCCUCCGCUGACCUAGUCGUCAGUGCACUCAUGUUCCCGCUGAUGGAUACUACGUCUGCGCUGCGAAGCUUCCAUGCCCUCCUAAAGCCUGGCGGAACCUUGGCUGUGUGGUUUUAUGGACGUGCACACUUCGCGGAGCUCGAGUAUGCGGCACUGUGUCAGCCACUCUUAGACAGGAUAAUCAAUCAUCAUUUCUCGGGCGUGAUUACCGGAGGGAGCCCGGAGCACGCGGCGGGAUGGAAGCAUGUGGCGGAUGGCAUAGCCAGUUGGUUGGAUUAUAUCCCCUUUGCGGAAGAGGACUGGGGGUCUGUCGUGCGACAUAAGUGGAAUACGAAGUGGACUACUCUGGGGUUCUUUGGUAACGAGGCGUGCGAUUUUCCCGUGGAGCCGAGGAGUAGUGUCACAGAUAAGGAGGUAGUUAUCGAGAGGGACGAUAGGAGUCUCUGGAGGAAGGACUGGAAUGUGAGUCAACUUCGUGAGUUCGUUGAGUAUAUAUACCCUUUUCAGGGGAUGGAGGAGGAAUAUGUGAAGCCGUUGUGGGCGCAGUUGGAGAGGGAAAUGGGCGGGUUGCACGCCAGGCGGGCAUUCUCGUGGCCGGUGGUUUUGAUUUUGGCCACGAGGAAGUGAUAGGAAAC